GGUUUUGGUAAGGAGACCGGGGAGGACGGAGGCUGCCGGGUCACCGAUGCAGCAGAAAAUUUAGCUCUCCAGAAAUACCAAAAGGCUAAGUUCAGUUCAGAAUGCACCCGUAAUCCACCGACCUCUCUUCAAAGGGGGGAAAUCCAACCUUCACAGAUACAAGCUUCGCUGUUUUGUUUUAUUCCUGAAGAGCUCAAUUCGUUUUGUUUCCAACAUGAUCGGGAGAGGAUUGUUCCUUCUGACGGUUUUGUUCAGCUGCGUUCUGUCAUUGCCAGUGACUUCCAGUCAGCUGGAGAAUGUAGACGCAGAGGUGAUGAAAUGCAUUGUGGAGGCUUUGGCGGAUGUGUUAUCGAGGCCGCAACUCAUGCCUGUCAGUCAGGAGUGUUUGAUCACACUGAAGACAGAUGACAGGCUUGUUGCCAUUCUUCGUCAUCAUAACUUUCUGAAGGAGCUGCAGGAUAUUGCUGUUCAAGGUGAUCAGGAGAGAGCUAAGCUGCAGGGAAAUGCUGAUGUACCUGCUCCAAAGACACAAGCCAUUCAGACUACAGAUGAUUCUGGUGAUCGAUCAAUGUUGGAGGCUUUAGGAAGCCCUGGUGAAAGAUCCAUCCUAUCCCAGAGGAAGAGAACAGAAAAUGAAGAUGGAAGAGAAGAGAAAGAUGAGAGUAGGGAAGAUGGAGGGUCCCAGGAAGACAGUGAAGCUGUGGAAGUGCAAGUGAAGAGAGGGAAAGAAGAGGACCAGGGUGAGGCUGAAAAGAGGGAGGAAGAUGCAGACAAAGAGGAACAUAAUGAGAAACGUGCAAGUUUAGAGGAGGUUUCAAAGGAAAAGAAGACCAUGGAUAAGAAAGGUGAUGAGUUUAAUGAAGAGAGAGAUGCUUCCAGAAACAAAUCAAAACAAAAGAAGUCUGAAGAGGAAAACGAGGAGGAAAAAAACAAAAGAUCUUCACUUUUCUCACACAUGGAUAAAGAGGAAGAAAAGGAGGAGGAAGGUAAAAGUGGAAGCAGGGAGAGCGUUAAACAAUGGACCAAGAGGGCCAAGUUUUUGCAUUUGAAGAAGAAAGCAGAUGGAAAAGAGGCUCAACAGCUGCCCAUCCAGCACGAAGUGCCUCAUCAUUCAAAGGAGGUCAUGGUGGAAGAGAUGGAGGAAGAGAAGAAAAAAAGAAGAGGUAUUCAGAAGAGUCCAGAAGAGAAGGAGCUGCAGAUGAUUGCUCGUCGGGCACCAGAGGAGAGGAGGGGGAUGGAGGAAGAAGGGAGCGCUAGCAGAAAGUCAGAGGAACCUGAAAUUGAAAGUCUGGCAGCCAUAGAGUCAGAGCUGGAAAAUGUUGCCCAGAAACUCCACGAGCUGCGGCGAGGCUGAGAGAGAGACCUGCACGAGUUUGCCAUUGCAACCUUUUUCUGUCUUCUUGUCCUCCUCCGCUUUACCAGAUGCCUGGUUUCCACAAAUAGAUUGUGUGAAUGUGUGACAAAAUUUUAUCUUUCUCUAUUUUUCUUGAGGGUGCAACAAUGCUGCAGCCUCUAUUGUGACAUUCUGUCUCUUGCAUAGAGUAGCAUACUGUAGAUUGCAGCUAGACUUGCAUACUAACAUACAGAUGCACAAGGGCUGUGCAUUCACAUGCGUUGAGAACACAUGCAGAUUCCUUCAGAAACAUUUUUGUUCUUUGACAAUCAUCUCUACUUCUGCACAUGCAUAGUUUUUGCUUUUCUGAUUCUUUUAACACUGAACAAUGAUUCAUGUGAAAGGUUGAGGUUAAUCCAGGUAUACACAACCCAUCAAGAUGGGUUGUACAGUAAUAGCAUGUAAACAUGUACAAAGCUCUUUUUGGCUCAUUUAUUUACAAAGUUAAAGAAAAAGAAGACAUACUGUAGAAGCUUACCUGUUGUGAUAGACACAAUUUAUUCUAAUCAAGCCAAGGCAAUAACUGAAGAUUUUUAGCAGAAAAAUGACUGGAUUGUUAUCUAAAAUUAUACUGAAGUUGUGUAAGAAAAUAAAUUGAUUGAAUCUGGA